CUUCCACGCGCGCUCACACGCUUCCAGACACUCAGUGGGGCACACCGUGGAGGCUGCGCUCUUGUCGGACUCUGCGGUGGAUUAUCACGCCUUGCCGCCACACUUUUUUGGGUGAUCUUGGACGCUGGGGACUUAAUUGCGAACUGCUUUUCGGACUGGGGGAAAGUAGCCCUUCGGUCUGCGCGUGCGCGUCUUGGACGCCGAUAAGUGGGGGUCCACAAAUGAAAGUGGGGGGCGCGCUCGCCUCGCUCUCAGGUGCACACGACGCAGCUGAGGAUGCAGAAGUCACCCGUGGAAGAUGCCAACUUCCUCUCCAGGUUCUUCUUCUGGUGGACGUCUCCGCUGCUCAGGAAGGGCUUCAAGAAGAAGUUGGACCUCACUGACGUUUAUAAAGCUCCUUCAUACGAUCUUGCUGGUAACCUCUCCGAGCGGCUCGAAAGAGAAUGGGACAGAGAGGUGGUCUCGGCCAAGAAAAAGCCCAGUUUGAUGCGAGCACUGGCACGAUGCUUCCUCUGCCCCUUUGCCUUUUUUGGGGUCCUCCUCUACCUCGGGGAGGCCUCGAAGACCGUGCAGCCUCAGCUCCUGGGCCGCAUCAUCGCCUCCUUCGACCCUUUCCACGCGCCUGAGCGCAGCCAGGGUUACUUCCUGGCACUCGGCCUCUGCUUGCUCUUCACCGCGCGCUUCCUGCUCCUGCAGCCGGCCAUCUUCGGCCUGCAUCAUCUGGGCAUGCAGAUUCGCAUCGCCCUCUUCAGCCUCAUCUACAAGAAGACCUUGAAGCUGUCUAGUCGGGUCUUGGAUAAAAUUAGCACGUGUCAGCUGGUGAGCCUGAUGUCGGCGCACCUCAACAAGCUGGAUGAGAGCCUGGGCUUGGCGCACUUUGUAUGGAUCACACCACUGCAGUGCAUCCUGUGCGUGGGUUUGCUCUGGGAACUGAUCGAGGUGAACGGCUUCUGCGCUCUGGCCGCUCUCACGCUGCUCGGCAUCGUCCAGGCCUGCCUGGCGCAGAAGAUGGGACCUCACCGUGUUAAGCGAGCCGGGAUGAUCAACCGCCGCCUGGCGCUAACUUCGGAAAUUGUGGAGAACAUCCACUCGGUGAAGGCCUACGGCUGGGAAGAGGUGAUGGAGACCAUCAUCAGGAACAUCAGACAGGACGAGGUGACCCUGACAAGGAAGAUCGGCUCCCUGCGCUACUUCUACAGCGCCGCCUACUUCUUCUCUGCCAUCCUGGUGAUUGUGUCCGCCAUCGUGCCGCUCGCGUUGGGAAGCGGCGUCAUCUUGCGGCGCAUCUUCACCACCGCGUCCUACUGCAUGGUGCUGCGCAUGACGCUCACCCGCCAGCUGCCCGGUUCCAUCCAGAUGUGGUACGACACGCUGGCGCUGGUCAAGAAGAUCGAGGAUUUCUUAAUAAAGGAAGAAUACCGGGUUCUGGAGUACAAUCUGACCACCACCGAGCUGGAACUCAUCAAUGUCUCUGCUUCCUGGGACGAGGGCAUUGUCGAGCUCUUUGAGAAGAUCAAGCAGGAGAACAAAGCGAGCGGUCAUCCCAACUGCGGCCUCUUCUUCACUAACCUCUAUGUCACGCCCGUGCUGAAGAACAUCAGCCUCUACCUGGAGAAAGGAAAGAUGUUGGCGGUGGCCGGAUCCACCGGCUCCGGAAAGAGUUCACUCCUCAUGUUGAUCCUGGGAGAGCUGAUGCCGUCCGAGGGUAAAAUCCGCCACAGCGGCCGCGUGUCCUUCUCCUCGCAGACCUCCUGGAUCAUGCCGAGCACCAUCCGCGACAACAUCCUCUUCGGCCUCACCUACGACGAGUACCGCUACACCUCCGUCAUCAAGGCCUGUCAGCUGGAAGAGGACUUUGCCUUAUUGCCCGACAAGGAUAAGACGCUGGUCGGCGAAGGAGGCGUAACCCUCAGCGGUGGUCAGAGGGCCCGUCUGGGCUUGGCCAGGGCGGUGUACAAAGAUGCAGACCUGUACCUGCUGGACGCACCUUUCACACACUUGGACAUUGUGACUGAGAAAGAGAUUUUUGAGAAGUGCGUGUGCAAUCUGAUGUCCUCCAAGACUCGCAUCGUGGUGACCAGCAAGCUGGAGCACUUGAAGCGCGCCGACCAGAUCCUGCUUCUUCACAACGGCGACUGCUACUUCUACGGCAGCUUCUCGGAGCUCCAGGCGCAGCGGCCCGACUUCAGCUCGCUGCUGCUGGACAUGGAGGCCUACGACAACGUCAACGCCGAGCGCCGCGGCUCCAUCCUCACCGAGACGCUCCGCAGGGUCUCGGUGGACGAGAGCGCCGGCUUCCGAGGUCCCGAGUCCAGGCGGCAGUCUUUCCGCCACCCCCCGCCCCCUCCAAUUAUCAACGGAUCCCAAGUCGGUGGCGACGGCUACCCAGAAAAGCGCAAGCAGUCGUUGAUCCUCAACCCUCUGGCCGCCGCCCGCAAGUUCUCCUUUAUCGGGCAGCAGAACACCAACGGGGCGCCGCCCGCAUCCAUGGAGGACGCCGUGCGGGAUCUCUCCGACAGGAAGUUCUCCAUGGUGCCCGAGGACGAACAGGUGGAGGAGGUGCUCCCUCGGGGGAACCUCUACCACCACGACCUGCCCCACCUGAGCGGGCAGCGCCGUCAGUCCGUGCUGGCGUUCAUCACGGCCACGCCAGGCCACGAUCGGCACGAGCAGCAGGUGCAGACGACCUUCCGAAAGAAGGUCUCCAUCGCGCCGUCCCACUGCGACCUGUCGCCCGACCUGGACAUCUACUCCCGACGUCUGUCCAAGGACAGCGUCUGCGACAUGAGCGAGGAGGUGGACGAAGAAGACAUGGAGGAAUGCUUUGCGGACGAGCGCGAGAGCGUGUUCGAGACAACGUCGUGGAGCACCUACCUGCGCUACAUCACCACCAACCGGAGUUUAGUCUACGUCCUCAUUUUCAUCUUCUUGGUCUUUGUCAUUGAGGUUGCAGGGUCAGUCAUUGGCAUUUACCUCAUUACUGAAAAAAUCUGGAGGGACAGCGCCAACCCGUCCUCACCCAACUACAUCAGCGAGCAGCACCCAAACGCCUCGUCGCCACCCAUCCACCUGGCUGUGAUUGUGACGCCCACCAGCGCCUAUUACAUCAUUUACAUCUUCGUGGCCACCUCGGAGAGCGUGCUGGCGCUGGGUUUCUUCCGAGGCCUGCCGCUGGUGCACACGCUGCUCACCGUCUCCAAGAGGCUGCACGAUCAGAUGCUGAGCUCCGUUUUGCGCGCUCCCAUGGCGGUGCUCAACACCAUGAAGACGGGCCGCAUCAUGAACAGAUUCACCAAGGACAUGGCCACCAUCGACGACAUGCUGCCUCUGGUGCUCUUCGAUCUCAUUCAGCUGUCGUUGAUCGUCUUGGGCGCCAUCUUCACCGUGUCCAUCAUACGUCCGUACAUCUUCAUCGCCGCCAUCCCACUGGCUGUCAUCUUUGUCAUCCUCAGGAAGUACUUCCUCAGGACGGGACAGCAACUCAAACUGCUGGAGGCUGAAGCUCGCAGUACAAUCUUCUCGCACGUCAUCAUCUCGCUGAAGGGCCUGUGGACCAUUCGGGCAUUCGGGCGUCAGACGUACUUUGAGAUGCUCUUCCACAAGGCGCUCAACACCCACACGGCCACCUGGUUCCACUACCUGGCCACGCUACGCUGGUUCCUCUUCCGCUGCGAUGUCAUCUUUGUGCUCUUCUUCACUGCCGCUGCCUUCAUCGCCGUGGGAACCAACCAGGACAAGCCGGGUGAGGUUGGCAUCAUCGUGGCGCUGGCCAUGCUCAUCCUGGGAACGUUCCAGUGGGCAGUCAUCACCAGCAUCACCGUGGACAGCCUGAUGCGCUCGGUGGAUCGAGUCUUCAAGUUCAUUGACCUGCCGUCGGAAGAUCCGUCAGCAGGCAAAGGAGGCAAACCGGGAAGUGACCUGGUCAUCGACAACCCGCACGCUCAAGACUACUGGCCCAACCAAGGACAAAUGGACGUGAAGGGAGUGACCGUCAAGUACACGGAGGCCGGACGCGCCAUCCUCAGCGACGUCAGCUUCUCGGUGGAGGGCGGACACAGCGUUGGCCUUCUGGGCCGUACGGGCUCAGGAAAAAGCACCUUGCUGUCGGCUCUUCUGCGACUGGCAUACACGGAUGGCGAAAUCUCUGUGGACGGCGUCUCCUGGAACUCCGUGUCGCUUCAUACCUGGAGGAAAGCCUUCGGUGUUGUGCCGCAGAAAGUUUUCAUACUAACCGGAACGUUCCGAAUGAACUUGGAUCCUCACGGCCGCUACAGCGACGACGAGCUGUGGAGGGUCGCCGAUGAGGUGGGCCUGAAGUCAGUGAUCGAGCAGUUCCCCGAUAAGUUGGACUUCCAGCUGGAGGACGGUGGUAAUGUGCUGAGCAACGGACACAAGCAGCUGAUGUGUCUGGCUCGCUCCAUCCUCAGCAAGGCUCGCAUCCUGCUGCUGGACGAACCUUCGUCCUACCUCGACCCCAUAACGCUGCAGGUGCUUCGCAAGACGCUAAAGCAGUCGUUCUCAGACUGCACGGUCAUCCUUUCCGAGCACCGAGUUGAACCUCUGCUCGAGUGUCAGUCCUUCCUGAUGAUAUCGGGCAGCUCAAUCAAGACGUACGAGAACCUCCACAAGCUGCUGAAUGAGACGAGCCAGCUCAAGCAAGCCAUGAGCCCGUCGGACCGUCUACGACUGGGCCCCUUGAUGCACCGGCUCAACUCCACCAAGAGGACGGCACCGCCCAGCACCAACAUCGCCUCGCUGCCUGAGGAGGCCGAGGACGAUGCGCUCGACACGCGACUCUAGCGGGCCCAGUAGACAGGAUGUAUCAUCCAACGGGUGGGGGGGAAUUAGCAUGAGUUUGAAGCACUUUAGAGACACGCUGAGGUACUCGCUCAAACUAAAUGAACAAGAGCACAAGUUGCCAGUAAUUCAUUCCAAGUCACAAUAAUUCCUUUAGGUUUUUUUUGUUGUCAUAGUCAGGUACCUGGAUGCGCAACUGGGAUAAAGCUUUUCUCUGUUCUUUCAUAGGAAAAGAAACAAGUGUUAUUUGUAGAAAUGUCAUUGCUCCAGCAAAUAUAUUUACAAUAAAAUAUUUUGACUUUU